AUGGCCGAUGUCGAGAUGCCUGAUGCACCCACCUCCGCGCCCACGUCAACAGCCGUUACCAAGAAGAAGGGCGGCGUCGACGGCGAGGGUAAGGAGGGAAAGAAGCGAUUUGAGGUGAAGAAGUGGAAUGCGGUAGCCCUUUGGGCUUGGGAUAUUGUUGUCGACAACUGCGCUAUCUGCAGGAACCACAUCAUGGACCUUUGCAUCGAAUGUCAAGCGAAUCAGGCCACGCGUUCCAUUUUCACUGCAUUUCGAGAUGGUUGA